AUGAACGGCAAUGGCGUCCUCUCCGACGAGGAACAGCCUCUCCUCGGGCGCAAACCCACCCGCCCGUCCCUCAUGUCAAAAUGUCGAAAGCAAAUGACGGCUGAAGUAUCGCGAUCAUGGGCAGAUCUCGUCCUGCUGCUAUGCUACGUCGUGACAGGAUUACUAGACAGCGCGUCAACACAAGUCUGGGGCGCAUUCGUUUCCAUGCAAACUGGAAACACCGUCUACGUCGGCCUCGGCAUCGCCACCAUCUUCAACCCGCCUAUAUCCGCACGACUCUACAAGUCUGGCAUUUCGCUGCUCUCCUUCUGCGUCGGGUCCUUCUUCUUCGCCCGCUUCCACCGCUACUUCUCCCCCAAGCGGAGAUGGGUUCUCUGCGCGUCCUUUGCCGCGCAGAUGCUGCUCAUUGUUGCGGCGGCGGUCAUCGUGACGGUUGUGCCGGCGCCGGAGGACGAGCAUUCCGUGGAUUGGACGGUGUUGCUGCCUCUUGCGCUGGUGGCGUUUCAGUCCUGCGGGCAGGCUGUGACGAGUAGGGCCCUCAAGUAUAAUGCCUUGACGAGCGUGGUCUUGACGAGCAUUUACUGUGAUUUGUUCUCGGACCAGGAGCUGUUCAAGUUUCAUAACGUGGAGAGGAAUCGGAGGGCUGCGGCGCCGUUGCUGUUGCUGGUGGGUGCUGUUGCGGGAGGGUUGUUCUCGCAUAGUUCUUUUGGGAUUCAGGGUGCGUUGUGGACGGCGGCGGGGAUUAAGUUUGUUAUGGUUGUGUUGUGGUUCUUUUGGCCGGCGGAGGAGGAGGAGAGUUGA